AUGUUCCUCCAGGCUCCAGGUAUCCGUCAUGGCUGCUCGUGCUACUCGUGGCUGACAUUGGCAUCGGAUUCGCCCUCCAUCCAGUUCUCCCGAUUCGACCCCCCAGUUCUCCUGGUGAGUGUCUCAGUGAGCUUCAUCACCCAACUUAUCCUCUUCUUCAUCACCCACAUGUCUGCCUCUGCUCUCUACCGAGCCAUGGGAGCAAUAUUCCGCAGCACCACGCUCAUCAACACGCUUGGCAACUUCAUCCUCGUCCUCCUCUUCCUGCUCUCAGGGUUCCUCAUCACCAAAGACAACAUCCAUGAUACGAUAUCCACACACGUGUGGGUGUGGGUGUACUGGAUCUCGCCCCUCACGUACUGCCAGAACGCCUUCUCUGCUAAUGAGUUCCUCGCCCCCAGAUGGGAUGUGGCUGGUGCUGCUCUCUACCAGCCCCCUCCUCAAACCAACAAAACACCCAACCAUGCAGUUCCUCUGAACCGUUUCUCAUCUCUCUCGUCUCUCUCGUCUCUCUCUUCCCUCUGCUCCCCCUCGCACCCUCCGCCCCAGCCCUCCGACCCCCCCAUCGCUGAACACAGCAAUGGGCAUUCAGGUGCUCACAGCUCGCAACCUCUGGACGGAGGGCUAUUGGGUGUGGGCUGGGCGCAGCCAGUGAUCUCCCAGCAUCAACUAGACGCCCGGGAAGCAUCGCUAGCCGGCACCAAUUUGGAAUUUGCCUCACGCUACUCCUCCCUGUGCUCCCUCACGCUGAAUCACCCCUCGAUUCCUCAUUCUCCGUCUCCAACAACCCCCUGCUCUUCCCCUUUUCCCCCUCCUUCCCCCCCCUCUCUCUCCUCUUCCCCCCCAGCAUGGCCAAAGGCCCAGCCAGUGAUCUCCCAGCAUCAGCUAGAUGCCCGGGAAGCAUCUCUAGCCGGCACCAAUCUGGACUUCGCCUCACGCUACUCCUCCCUCCGCGCCCGCACGCUCUCCCGCACCGGCUCCACUGCCACGGCACGCUUCCUCGCCAGCAACCGCUUCCGCUCCCCCAAGAGCCUCGCCAGGCCUUCCGCUUCUGCCCGCUCGCUCGGAUUUUUUUCUUCGGCAGACCGGCGCUUCGCUCCCGAGGUUUGGGGUCUGCAAUCAGCAGCACAGGCGGAAGGGGUAAGAAGCAGCGGCAGAGGAAAGCGGAUAUCGUUUAUGAGUGACGGUGGGGUGGUGAGUGGAGUUAGCAGCACAGGAGGAGAGGAGAAGCAUCGGCAGAGGAAAGCAGUUUCGUACAUGAGUGAUGGGGGUGUGAGUGAUGGUGGUGCGGUGAGUGCAGUUAGUAUCACAGGAGGAGAGCAGAAGCAGCGGCAGCGUAAAGCAGUUUCGUUUUUGAGCGAUGGGGACGCGAGUGACGGCGGCGGGGUGGUGAGCGCAGUUAGCAGCUCUGGCGGAGGAGAGAAACAGCGGCAGAGAAAAGCGGUUUCGUUCUUGAGUGAUGGGGACGCGAGUGAUAGUGGGGUGGUGACUGCAGGUAGCGGCACAGGAGGAGGAGAGGUUGGAGGAGGGGAGGAGAAGCAGCGGCAGAGGAAACCAGUUUCAUACAUGAGCGACGGUGGGGUGGUGAGUGCAGUUAGCAGCCCAGGAGGAGAGGUUGGAAGAGGAGAAGCAAAGCAGCGGCAGAGGACAGCAGUUUCGUUCUUGAGUGAUGGGGAUGCGAGUGAGGGUGCAGGGGGCAUGACUGCGAGUGGAGGGGAUAUAGGCCAGCACGGCAUGGUCCUCCCCUUUGAUCCGCUCACCCUCUCCUUCCACAACGUCAACUACUAUGUCGAUAUGCCUGCGGAGCUAAAAGACAAAGCCGCGCCGCCUGGCGAGCGGCUGCAGCUGCUGCGCAAUGUGUCCGGCGUGUUUCGUCCCGGAGUGCUGACCGCCCUGAUGGGGGUGUCUGGGGCAGGGAAGACCACGCUAAUGGACGUGCUGGCAGGGAGGAAGACCGGGGGAUACAUUGAAGGGGAUAUCCGCGUGUCUGGUUACCCGAAAGUGCAGGAGACGUUUCUGAGGGUGUCGGGGUAUUGUGAGCAGGUGGAUAUUCAUACGCCCCAGGUGACCGUGCAUGAGUCUCUCCUCUACUCCGCCUGGAUGCGCCUGCCUGAGGAGAUCGACCGCGAUGUCAUCCUGGUGAGUCAAUGA